AUGGGUUGUUGUCAUUCAUCAACUGCUACUGUCGCACCAGCUAAAUCUGUUCAGCCUGAAAAGAUCGAUGACUUCAAUGACUUCGAUGACGAUGAUUACGUUGAUGUUAUGUACAGUCAAUUAUUUAAAGAGCUUUUAACACGAAUACCGGAAAAGGAUCAAUCUACAACCGUCUCCUAUUGUUCUGAUCUAUACACCGAGAUGAAUCUUACUGAUUUAAUUGCUAAACAGCCAGAUUUACUAGAUUCGACAAAUCUGCUAAGAAGAAAGAUUCAUGAUGACAAUCCGUUCGUUUCUCUGGGUCUCCUAAUGUUCGAAAUGGAUUCAUUUGAGCGUGCAGAAUAUUUCUUUCUUAAAGCCAUAUCACCAGAAACAGACGAUUGGAAACAUUUGUCAGCUGUAUAUAAUCAUUUAGCUAAAGUUUACUACAAACAAGAAAAGUAUGACAAAUCACUCGAAUACUGUCAUAAAAAUAUGGAUCUUUUACAAAAGAAUUUACCUAUUGAUGAUCCAAGUCUUAGCGUUGACUAUGUCAACAUUGCUGCUAUUUAUCAAAAACAAAAACAACUUGAUUUAGCUGUACAUUUCUUUCAACAAGCACUAAGACUUGCAGUGAGAGCAAAUCAACCUGACGAAGCAUUCGUUGCUUUAAUCUACAAUAACAUUGGCUCACUUUACAAUGAACAGAAGAAUUUUACACAAGGUCGUGUUUAUCAUGAAAAGUGUUUACAACUCAAAGAAAAACUUCUCUCAGCUAACCAUCCAUCCGUAGCGCUAUCACAUCAUAAUUUAGCGAUUUCUCUCUUUUCAUCGCGACGAUUUGGCGAAGCAUCUAACCACAUUCAAAAAGCCAUUGACAUAACCUCAAAAUCUUUACCUCUGCAACACCCACAAAGUGUGACGCAUGUUAAACUUCGAGAUGCAAUACAGAAACAAUUGUCAUAA